GCAAUGACGAGUCCAACUGAGAAGGACGCUUCGACGUCGUCGUCGACCACAAACACCACGGCAGGCACCACCAACAGCACCUUCCUCGUCUGGGUUCCUGGCGCCAAGAACAAAUCAACACGUGAAACUCGACAACAAGUCUUCCAACGACAUCGACAUGCUGCUCUUGUUCAUCACCAGAGACGAAAGGAAAGACGGAGUCAAGAACCCUCUCGCAUAGUCUCUAAAGCUCUCUGCCCAUUCUUGCCUUCGCCCACCACCGCAGAACACCAUAGCCGAGUCACCCCCACGUUGACCUCCCACCUGCUUUCCCCGUCUCCUCCCAUAGACCCAGAUCUUGGUCGUUUCGAUCCUUUUGACACCCUGUGUGUUCGCGGCCUGUCUACGAAUGCCUUGGCUCUGGUUCAAUUCGCCUUACAUAAUCAAUGGCCGGCAUUUGCAUCAAGCAGCAUGCCAGAGACGAUGGAGUCUUGGAAGAAGAAGACCAUGGCUUUGGCAGUCGAAGCACCCUAUCUCCUGGAAGCCAUUGCAUAUGCGGGAGCAUGUUAUCAACUAUUCUUUGGCGCCGCCGGUUCAUCCACCAGACUAGUCCACGUCCAGUCACAGCAUCAUGCUGUCAAAUCACUUCGGCAAGCACUUGAAUCUUCUACCGGGGCCAUUUCUGAUGCUAUGCUCAUGUCCAUGGCCAUCCUUGGUAUCCAUACAUUCCGGCCGCAAAAAAAUGGACCACCAGGGUCAACUCGAUCGCCAUAUCGAGAUUUUGAUUUCCACUCCAGCCAGGUCUGGGAUUCGACCCACAUCGAUGCCUUGAUAAGAUUGGUCAAGAUCAAAGGUGGUCUAAAAAGCAUUGUAACAGCCGAUUUUCGAGAGAUGGUGGCAGUCAUCGACAUCCAAAGCUCAUUGGACGUCCUCAAGAAGCCUUCCUUUCCUCUCAUGAUGCCCUCUCAGACGAUGAUGCAGAUGGUUUACGCGAAACGCCCCUCACUUCCAGAAACCCGGUUCGACCCACCGGGUCAGGGAUUCGGGGUCUUGAGAGGUAUCAAUGGAGGGUCGGUGAUGCUGAAACUGAUCCACCACAUUCGCUGCCUCCUCGAAGCCUUCGACAUGAUUUUACUCCAAGGGCCAGCAAGUGGUAUAGAUUUGCAUUUCCUACUCGCAACACGACGUGCUCUGCAACAUGAUGCCUUGUCGGUGGUCAACUCUGACGAUGUGAUCUAUACUAUCUGUCGCCUAGGCAUCAUUGCAUACAUGGGCGAGUCGAUCGAGCCUCACUGUGCCCCCUGGCCCUUCCACACCAAUGUUUCCAAAGCGCUCAUGUUGGCCCUUGACAAGUGUGAUAGACUGGACUACGAAUCCGCCUCUAAGGACCAUGAUUCACUGUUGCUCUGGAGCGCUGUCGCCGGUGCUGUUGCCGCAAGGAAGACGCACUUACUUUAUUGGUACUAUGGAUUUAUACGGGGUUUACGACAAUCACGUGGCAUGGUGUCGUGGUAUGAAUUGCAGGAUGAAAUGAGCUACUUUCUGCCAUUCAAGUAUCGCCAAGGGGAGGCAUGUCGACAAAUUUGGGAGGACAUGUGCACGUGGUCACCUUCUGAUCACUAUUCAUUGCCUUUAAGGGGAUUGAGGUGAAUGAAAAUGGGCCUCUGAAGAAGGUUCUAGCGUCAACUUCUCGCGAAUGAAUGGAGCAUUGGAAAAACGAUUUCCCACAUAAUGGCACAGCACGGUAGUUUGGAGAAAGUUGGAACCAAAAGACUACUCGAUUUGCACUCCAAACCACAGGCUGCCGAUCGCAUGUUGCGACCGCUGACAUCCAAAGCCCGGCCUACUUCGGGAGCCCUCUUCUCUAUCUCGCCCUCGAAUCCCAGAUAUCAGUUUCACCAUUUUAAAAUACAUGCCCAAGGACCUGGCUUGUAUGAAGACAAAAAGAAUACCAACUCCGCCACAGAUGCCACUACACACGCCAGAUAUCGGCAGUCAUCCUGAACCAUGGCCCCAAUUCCGCCCUUGCAUGUCUAAUGGACACAACUUGGAUCGCCAAAUGCUGGUCAGAUGAUCCUACGAACCCAAGAAAGAGAAUUAUUGUUCAGGGCCAACCGGUGCAGUUUUCGACCCAGCGUUGAGUGGAGCAAGGAAUGAAUGUUCGCUGUCGCUUUUCCUUCUUGCCUUGGGCGGGCUCGGAUCUCUUGACGGGUGCUGGCUUGACAAACUCGGCCCUCUUGACUGGUUGGGCUUCUUGGACAGGCUCAAGUUCACCUCGCUUCCUAGGCCAACCCGUGCAGUUUUCGACCCAUCGUUGGGCAGAGCAAGGAAUGAACUGGAUUUGUCGCUUGGCUGGUCGCCUCUCG